CUCACUUCGACCCGCCACACUUCCGUCGGGACACGAAUCGCUCCCGAUGUCCGCGACCGUCACGAUGUCCGCCGUCGCCGCCAAGACCGGCGCGCGCCUCUCCAGCCGCGCCAUCUCCAAGCAGGCUCGCGCACUCGCCGCGACGCCCCGCGUCGCCGCCAAGCCCCGCGCGUCUCUCACCGCGAAGGCCAUGCUCGUGACCAUCGAGCACGAGGGCAAGACCUACGAGGUCGAGUGCGACGGCCACGACAACAUCCUCGACGCCGCGCUCGACGCGGGCAUCGAGAACCUCAGCUACGAUUGCAAGAUGGGCGUGUGCAUGACCUGUCCGAGCCGGGUGACCGCGGGCAAGGUGGACCAGCAGGGGAGCAUGCUGAGCGACGACGUCGAGGAGAAGGGGUUCGCGCUGCUCUGCUGUGCAAAGCCGCUGGGAGAGGGCGUCGUCAUCAAGACCGUCACCGAGGAGGAGCUCCUCGACGAGCAGCUCUGCGCGUAGAGUUGGAUAGAGCCAUUUUAGCGAGGCUGGGCUUGUACGAUCGAUAGGGCCGUGUGAUUAUUUGGUUACAAGUUCGCAUAACUGA